AAGCUAAGAGAAAAUGUUGUCAGUAUCCAUAUACAAGCCAACCCAAACACGCCCAACGAUCUAUCCCUCGUCAAUGUGUCAAUCUUGCACACACUACUACUGACUCUGGGUGAUGGUGAUGAUGAUGUGAUAUUGUCAUGUGAAGGGAAGCAGGAUGUAGAUUGUGGAGCUCAGCAGGUGUUAAAUACAGAUGAUCACAAAAGAAAGCAAACUGAAAUUUGUUCUUCACUUAGUAAUGAAGUAAAAGUAUUUGAUAGUGACUGUGAAAUCACAAUUCAUCCAAAAGUACCUCCAGUUGUGUCAGAAAAUGCACAAAGCCAGCUGCUACAAUGGGCUGUUGAUAAUCAAAUAACUCACACAGCUAUUAAUUCAUUGUUAACCAUUCUAAAACUAAAUUAUGAUGCGUCCCUUCCUUCAGAGGCUCGCACACUGCUCAAAACUCCAGUCAACCAAACACCACUUAUUACACAAAAAUGUGGAGGCCAGUAUUACCAUUUUGGUUUGCUCAAAGCUAUUGAUAAAUAUGAAACAAGACAUACAUCUAAAGAGUCCAUUCAGCUACUUGUACACAAUGGUUUGUCUUUGAAAAUAAACUGUGAUGGCAUACCAUUACAUCAGAGCUCUAGAGCACAAUUUUGGACAAUACUGAUUAAUUUUCAGUGUGAAGGACUUAAACCCAACUGUUCUCCAGAAGUUGUACAAAUAUUUUAUGGCAUGUCAAAACCUAAUGAUGUUGAUGAAUUUUUGAAAGAUUUCAUUGAUGAAUUGAAACUUGUAUCUAAUGGGUAUAAGCUUGGUGAGCAUCUUAUCCCAGUCCACACAGCCUCCUUUAUUUGUGAUGCCCCAGCACGACAGUUCUUUAAAAGAAUCACAUCUCACAAUGGUUACUCAGGAUGUGAGAGGUGUCAACAGGUGGGGGAAUAUGAGGCUGGAACUGUGGUAUUUCCAGAAUUGAAUUCUCUACCACGAUCAGAUGAAAAUUUUCUUGCUCAAAGUGACAGUAAUCACCACCGAGGUAUAUCCCCUCUUGCAAAGCUGAAUAUGACAAAUUGUUUAGUGUCAAAAUUUGUAUUGGAUCCUAUGCACUUAGUGUAUUUGGGUGUUAUGAGAAAACUUCUCAAUCUUUGGCUCAAAGGACCCUUAAAUGUAAGGAUAGGCUCUCACAAGAAAAACUUAAUAUCUAAAAACCUGGUCAAUGUAGCAAAAUUCAUGCCUGCGGAAUUCAACUGUAAACCAAGGUCGCUAGAUGAACUUGAUAGAUUCAAAGCAAAUGAGUCAAGAAGUUUUCUUCUAUAUACAGGCCCUGUGGUUUUGAAAGAUACCACUGACAUCAACAUAUAUAACAAUUUCAUGUUGCUGUUCAGUGCAGUCAAUCUCUUGUCCAGAAAAGAUAUUCCAAAUUCUGUUGAGUAUGCAAAAGACUAUUUACUCAAGUUCACUGAGCACUUUAUCCAGAUAUAUGGGAAAAGAUAUGCUGUUUACAAUGUUCGUAAUUUGUGGCAUCUACCUGAUGAUGUCGCAAAACAUGGUACUCUUGAUAGUUUUUCAGCAUUUGAAUUUGAAAACUUUUUGGGAGUCAUAAAAAAUCUCUUGAGGAAACCCAACUUCCCUUUAUCUCAAGUUAUCAAUAGGAUUUCAGAAAGAAAUAUAAGUAUGGAUGUGGAAGAACAUAUCUAUCCUGUCCUGAAAAAGAUUCACGCACAAGGCCCUUUAGUUGAUGAAAUGGUAUGCCAGCAGUACAAGGAAUUAUACUUGGAAAAAUACUGUUUUAAAGUCACACCUGCUGAUCAAGGAGUAAUGAUUAACAAUGAAAUUGGAUGCAUUCAAAAUAUUAUUUCAAAUAAAUGUGAGCCUAAUAAUAUAAGUAUAAUAUAUCAAGUAUAUCAGGUUAAGGAAAUUGUUUUUCAUUACCCAUUAUCAUCUGCAAAUUUAGGAAUUUACAAAGUUAAGGGGAGCGUCCGGUUUGAAGACCGAAAAAAUAUGAAAAAUAUUACUUUUUGUGAAAAAAAAAAUAUGUGGUUGGGUUACACAUUGGCUAUCAUUUCACAAAGAUUUAUGGUAAAACACGCGAUACUUUUGGUUUAAAUCCCAUUUAAAGGUCCAGUACUCAACCACGUUUGUUUGUUUACAUCGAUAGCGUCGGGUUCUUUCCCCCAAAACUGUGGAAAGAACGGCAAAAUCUUUAUAUUUUUUGGUGAACAUGAUAUGGCAACACUAAAAUCUAGUGUGUGUGGGAUCUAGGACUGUCAGCCGAGAAGCCCGAGAUGCUUGUGCCUGCCAAGCUGUGAAGGAGAGUAGAUGCUCGCCAUCUGUCCUCGCGUAGACUCGAGAUCGCUGCUUAUUUUCCCGCUGUUUCCUGCUUUUUGCCUGCUCACAGCCAUGGGACGGGUAUCUAAGAUGAAGAAGCAGAGUAAGCAUGCCUGGAUGAAGAGCAUCGAUGUGAAACGGAGAAAAAUACAGCAUGCUGAACCUGACACCACCACCGCGUCAGAUGAACCCGUGCCCACGACUUCGCCACCACCACUCUCCGCCACACUCGUCACUCCCACGGCAAGCACAUCACAGCCCAGCACAUCCCACGCAAAGGAGAGUCAAGGAAAGGACACAGAAGAUACCUCGUUACUCUCUGCUAGAGAAAAUCUUCUAGACAUGGAGACUAGAGAUGAAGAUGUGGAAAGUGACGACGAGAUUGUCAUGCUGACGAAAAGGAGGCUGAAAAGCUUACUUUCCUCUCAUUGUUCAUGCCCAGAUCCUGCCUAUGAUUAUAGUUUCAAGCCUGAUGCAUAUGAAAACACCAUAGACAUGCACUGCACAAGCUGUAACUUCAAGAACACUUCGAAACCGGAAACAGUGAUAGCUGGGCGUCAGACAUCCAAGAUCUUGAGGACCAACAUAUCAUUGACAUACCUGUCUGUGAUAGAUGAUGUUGGAUUUGCAGGCAUGAGAAGAAUGAUGGGUGCCCUAGGAAUGUUAGACCACAACUUCGGGUACCAGAAGGCAUGUUUGCUGACAGCCUUCAAUAUCAAGUCGAAGGCACUGAGAAGAUCCCUCACAGCACAAGAUAAAGACAGGAGGAGGCACAGCCAAGCCCAGUGGAAACCAAAGCCAGAGAAGAAAGAAGAAGCAUCAGCAGACUAUGUAUCUGGUGGCAUCUAACUGAAAACAUCAAGCUGAACAACCAUGAGGAGUAUGGGCAACAUUGGUACCCCGCGCUUGACAAGAAAACACCUUGCCUUUAGGAAGGGCAGGGGUGGGAGAAGGAGCCUGAUACGCUUAAAAACACACCUGAUUGUACUAUUAGCUUGCAUAUAAUCAUAAUAAAACAUAUCGUACCUGAAAACCUUCCUAGUAUGUAAUGGCAGGUGUGAGAUCAAUGAAUAAACUUUAUCGGCCCGUAUCUCAAAACAUAAGUUAUUACCCUUCUAAAAUCUAUUUUGGGGCCAGUUUUAGCUUGAUUUCAAUGAAACAAAAACUAAACGGCAGAGGAAUGUUUCCUAAUCAAAAGUACGCUUCGUUUUUUUAUAUAUAAGUGAGCUGUCAUUUUAUAUUAAUAUUUUUUUGGCAAAAAAAGUAAAAAAAAAAAGAAAAACAUGAAAAAAUUCAUAAAACAAAAACAAAAGGAAAAUUAAAAAAUCUAAAAGUGUAGAAACACACUAUAUAAUAACGUGUCUUAGCCACAAAAAAAUGAAGGCUGUGGAGCCAAUAAUAAUGCCAGAAUAGCACUCGUAAAUUUCAGAAGGGGCUGUUGGGGGCUGGCGGGGCUGGAGACUAGAAUGGGACUGAAUGUCUAAAAUUGAUGUACAGGUUGUCAAUACUUCACAGCAUAAAAAUCAGAGUGAUUCAUACAUAAUUACCAGAGAUAUGGUAACCCCGUUUAAAACCGGACGCUCCCCUUAAAACACUGCAAAAAGAUUUGAAGAUAUCUUCUUACAUGGCAAUCCAAAGAAAAUAUUUGCUGAUACAAUUAUCACAAAAUUCAUUUGCUGCUUUUCCACUUGUUCACAGCCUUCAGCCACAGUGAUUCAAUCAAUCAGCAUGACUUCCAAAGAGUUUUGUGUAGUUGUGUUUGUUGAAACACAAGAGGUGGAUGUUGCUCCAAGCAUUUGGCUUUCAAAAAAUGAAAGAAAAUGUAGAUGGCCUCCAUACAGAGACUCCCAGAAAACUCAAAAGGCUAUCAAGGACCAAGUCAUGCCUGGGGAAAGUUGGCCUACCUAUCCAGUGUGAGUACUUGGCUUUUAGGAUUGAAGCGUAAAACACUUUAUGAAGACACAGACUGCUCUGACUCAUCUGGAGAUACAUCAACUAUGCAGCCAAGCCCAAGCACAAUUCCAGAACCCCCUCGUGUUUCUGGUUUCCCAUCUCUUCAAAGAAGUAAUGCUUUUUGCAUCCCUAAGGUUGACAGAGACACGCAUUCUGACCGUAAGUGAUGCUGCUAACUUUGCAUAAACAUUUUGGGUGUAACUGUAAUAUCUUACAUUUAUCUUUUAGCUUUUUUGCAAUAUUGAUAAAAGCUUAAUUUGUAUACAUUGUUUAUCAUGUUUCAUAUAAGUAAUUUAGA